GGACCAGCAGCACCAACACAGUGAGUGGUCCAGGAGGCCAGGGUCCAGGAGACCAGGGUUCAGGGGUCAGAACCAGGGCCAGCCUUCUCCCAACCCCCCUCAACAGGGCCGGAAAGGCACGUUCACCGACGACCUGCACAAGCUGGUUGACAACUGGGCCCGCGACGCCAUCAGUCUGUCCCAGGGCAAGAGUCGCUCCAAACAGCAACAGCAACCCUCACAGGGUCACAGCUACCAGGUGACCCCGUCCACCAACAAGGGCCGUAAGUUCUCCGCCCCGAGUCAGCUGUGCCCCAGCAACGCCUCUUCCACCCCCGCUACCUCUCUGGGAGGCCGCAAGGGCUCCUUGUGUCCCCCUCCCCAGUACGGCGGGGUCGGGGCAUGCUACCCCUCCUCCACUGCACCUUACAGCAGCGCCCAGUGGGUGGGAUCCACGGGGUCCACAGGGCCGGGACAGGGUCAGGCCGGUAUGUUAGCCUCCUCUCAGCCCCUGGUUGCCUCCUCCUCGCAGUACCCCUCCUCUGCCACUGGGGGGCAGGGCUCCCUGCAGGGCUUCCAUCACAUCAGCACUUUGCAGAAAUCCGUCAGCAACCCUGGAGGCCCCAACCUGAGGACCACGUAGUGGCCAUGAGGGGAUGUUAGCCAUGCCGGGCUGAGAGACUGACAGACUGAGGGAGAGAGACAUGAGGAGAGUAGGGUGUCUGUGUUACAAGGGGGAGAGUGGCUUGUGUGUUACAAGCGACAUCAUGGUUGGUGGGACUGUAUUGAAUGUGAAUGAGCUGGCUGUGACGAAGAGGAGGAGCAGGAGAGAGAAGAGUCAGCUGCUGUGUGAAAUGGUGCACCACUCUGCCCUCUUCUGUUUCCCUGAAGGAUAACAGGAGAGGGACACACUUCCCCUCUCCCCCCCCCACCCCGAGGUCAACUGUGGGCCUUGGGGGUCGAAGAAAGACGCAAAACGCGACAAGGAAUACCAAUGGACACGAGUGCAAUGUUAUGUGGCCAAAGAGGGUUAAUGUGACAAUUACUAUUGUAAAAUGUGUGUGUGUGUGUGUGUGUGUGGUGAUGGGCUUUGUUCCUUCACUGUGACUGGCUUUUACAUGUACUCUAUAGUAGAGACCAGAGCCUUGUACUGAUCUCAGAGAGGAGGGAUGGAGCAUAGUAACAGACCAAGGGGGCGGUGGUGUACUUAUCGUUGGGGAGCUGCAGUACAUAGCUAACCCCCUUUCUCCUCUCACCUAUCUGAGCCCCCCCUGCCUGUUCAGCUCCUCCUGCUGGUAACUGACCUCCAGAACAGAGCUUUAAGUGACUGUACAGUACUAUACAGCUCCUCCUGUUGGUAACUGACCUCCAGAACAGAGCUUUAAGUGACUGUACAGUACUAUACAGCUCCUCCUGUUGGUAACUGACCUCCAGAACAGAGCUUUAAGUGACUGUACAGUACUAUACAGCUCCUCCUGUUGGUAACUGACCUCCAGAACAGAGCUUUAAGUGACUGUACAGUACUAUACAGCUCCUCCUGUUGGUAACUGACCUCCAGAACAGAGCUUUAAGUGACUGUACAGUACUAUACAGCUCCAGUAGCAUGUUGAGGAGAUGUGAGGAAGGUUAUGGGGUCAAGGAAUGAGCUUGUGAGGCUGAGGUGUGGGACUGGUGCCAUGUAUGUAGCUGGUCAGGCAGUGUUGACAUCCGGAACCACAUGUACUGCUAUUCCUAUAUAUCAUUUAGGAUGUUCAUUGGUGUGUGUAAGUGGAGAGUCAGUAGAAAAGGCCUGGGGGUUCAUACCCUACUCUACCCCUCCUGUUGCCAUGGGAUGCAAUAAGAACACAGUAAUAGAAACCUCCUCCUAAAUAUAAUAAUAACACAUAAAGUGACCUUCAUUAGGAAAACAAAACCAUCCAUGACCAGAUUCAGAAUGUCUUUUUUUUAUGAUUUUUUAAGAGUUUGGGAUUAUGAUGAGUCCAUGUUUAUUAGUGUUUUAAUUUUUUUCCUCUGUCCCCAUUGAACUGAGGAGACUCUUCUGUAGCAUGAUGAAAGGGUUAACGCUAGGGUUGACCCUCCUAUCCAGGAACUCUCUCUCAGUAUAGGGCCUUUAAAGAAACUACAUCUCCCAGUAUAGGGCCUUUAAAGAAACUACAACUCCCCUCUCCAUGCUAACCGUCUCUUUGCAUGAUUGGAGGGGAGUACUGUGUGUGAGACCCAUCUAUCCCAGUCUUAACUUCAGGCUUAUAGUUACUCCAUUUUAAAAUGUGCUGUAUCUGGGGGGCUGAUGAGAUCCCCAUCCUGAAGCAUAAAGUCUGUACAAGCUGGCUGGUAGUUCCCAUCUACAUAUCCCUAAUGAGAGAGCCCCCCUGAACUAACACAGACAGGACUGAAGUAGAUUCUCUCAGACAGGAGUUGUUGACUGAAGUAGAUUCUCUCAGACAGGAGUUGUUGACUGAAGUAGAUUCUCUCAGACUCAACUCAAUAGUCUUCUUUUUCACAGGUGGUUUAGCUCUGAGAGGGAAUGCAGGGCGAAUGGAAGGAGGUAUGUCCUGUUGGCUCUCUGUGUCACACAUGAUAUUGUUUUCACGGUUGUGAGGUAGGUUGGUGUUGGUCCUGUGUGGACCCAGAGAAGGACAGGUCUCGGUGGGGCAAGGAGAGGACUGGACGUGGGCUGGGCUUGGAGGUAGGGUGGAUGGUGGGGCAAGGAGAGGACUGGACAUGGGCUGGGUCUGGAGGUAGGGUGGAUGGUGGGGCAAGGAGAGGACUGGACGUGGGCUGGGUCUGGAGGUAGGGUGGAUGGUGGGGCAA